AUGAACAAUGCAGAACUGCAAUGGCCAUUGCCAUACCUCGGCCAUUUCCAGAUUUUGGAAUCCAAUGAUGUUUUGGCGCUCGCCGACAAGUCUUCUCGAGCCCUCCAGCAGCACAGCAGGACUUGCUCAGUCAUAUUGCCAUUCCUCCUUUCUGUGGCUGCCAAGGUCUGGGCGACCAUGAACCAAGGCCUCGCUCAUCAAUGGAGCCAUGUAUGGGCUGAUGAUCCAUGCAUGGAGUCACAUCCCUUCUUCGCCAAGACUGUCAGAUAUGCUCCAGAACAGAUGUCAAUACCGCCGAUCGAUUCACUUCCUCGUGCCGGUCAUGCACACCAUCUGGAUGUUCCUGGCAAGAUGACCGACAAGGGCAAACUGUCUGACCGCGGGACAUGUCAAUCCAGAGAGGACAGCACAGAUGCCGAGCCAGGCAGAAAGAAACAGAAGGUCUUGAAGCAUGUGUCGAAGGCCAUCAUCUCCGACACCGAGGACGAGGACAGGCGGCCGACAGGGACCAUUAUAGUUAAGGCAAGAUUUACGCUCAUCAUUUCAAACCUAAUGCUUACAUUGCCUCAGCGGUCCAAGAACCUUGAAACUUCCGGUGCAGCACCGGCCAAAUCAAAGGGCAUUAUCAAACACAGCAAACAGUCCUCGUCCCUCAACCAUCAUCAGCCGGAUGCCGAGCCAAAGAUCAGCCGGGCCCAGGCAAAGGGUAAAGCAAAGCAGAAGGCAGUGGACAUCGCUGAGCCUAUCAGAGGGCAUCCGCUACUGAAGUCCAGUGCUGAGGAGUACACUCCACUGUGCAAGAGAUGCAUCGGGGAGUCUUGUUUGGUUGUGGUUGGCAGAAAGGGGCAGGCCAUCAAGUCCUGCGCAAAGUGCCACUUCAUGAAGGCCUCAAAGCCACAUCCUUGGUCAAAGGCCACACCGGCCUCCAAGUCCAAGGCCCACUCCAGGACCACCAGAGCAAUCUCCCACAUUCGUCCACCAACUCCGAUUGUGGAAUCUGAGGACGCUGUUGAGGAUACAGGCAUUUUCUCAUUUUCCUCCAACAAACAUCCAAAAAACAUUGAAUUAGAAGAUAGAAAUUUCCUUGCAUUAUUUUCUGUAUGCAAGACAUAA